AUGGCAACCAAAUCCGACAUCGAGCUCGCCUCGACAACACAUCCACCACAGAUUAGAACUCUUGAUCUGGACAGUGGUCCUCAGUCUUCGUUAGGAACAUUAUUUCGUCGUUCAGCGAAGCGGGAUCCUGACGCAAUAGCCACACAGCCGAGCGUUUUCGACGAUCCCCAGCAGGCACCGCAUUUCCAUCCUCACCCCCAAUAUGAGAACCUGCAUCGCUUCGAUCCGGAUUUUCGGUGGACGUGGGCUGAAGAAUUGCCCCUGAUUCGCAGACUGGAUUGGAAAAUUACAGCAUGGGCUUUUGUGGCUUUCCUGGCAUUGAACCUGGAUCAAGCAAGCCUGAGUCAGGCCAAUACAGACAACUUUUUGGCUGACUUGAAGCUUAAUACAAAUGGUCUAGUCUAUCUCUUCACAUUCUCGAGCUGCGCUAACACGAGAUGGGCAGAUUAUAAUACGGGAGUGACACUAUGGCGGGUUGGUUUCUUGAUCGCCGAGAUCCCAUCGCAGCUCAUCAGCAAGAAGAUUGGUCCGGACACGUGGAUACCUACGUUGAUGGUCUCCUGGGCGCUUGUGGCCAUCUGUCAAUUCUGGCUCAGUGGCCGCCCUGCGUUUCUCGCGUGUCGCUUCUUGAUAGGGUUGCUGCAAGGCGGAUUCAUCCCUGACCUGUUGCUGUACAUGUCGUACUUCUGGAAGGGGACUGAGCUACCGUUCCGGAUGGCGCUCCUGUUUACUUCGACGCGCUUUUCCUCGAUUCUGGCACCACUUCUCGCCUACGGUGUUCUUCGGUUGCGCGGAUAUCGAGGCCAAGAGGGAUGGAGAUGGCUGUUCCUAGUCGAAGGGUUGCUGAACCUCGCUGUUGGCAUAUGGUCAUUCUUCAUGAUGGCAGCAUCACCCAGCCAGACGAAACGCCCUUGGCGACCAAACGGCUGGUUCACUGAGCGGGAGGAGAAGAUUAUGGUGAACCGUAUCCUUCGCGACGACCCUUCCAAGGGAGACAUGCACAACCGGCAGCCCCUCACGCCACGGAUGAUCUGGGAAGCGCUCUGCGAUUAUGAUCUGUGGCCGAUGUACCUAAUCGGGCUUACUUUCGCGAUACCUUCGAGUCCGCCGAAUCAGUACCUGACUCUGACCCUGCGACAAUUAGGAUUCACCACAUUCCAGACUAAUCUGCUGACAAUUCCGGCUCAGUUUUGCACAGCCCUUAAUAUGCUGCUCAUCACAUGGGUCUCGGAGAAAAUCCACCAGCGAGCGUACCUGGGCAUCUUCACGCAGCUCUGGUACUUGCCGUGUCUCAUUGCGUUGGCGGUGCUGCCUAGCGACAACAACCGGUGGGCGACAUAUGGGCUUUUGACAGUCCUCCUCUCCUACCCAGUGGUCCACCCUCUCCAGACGGCCUGGUGCUCACGCAAUUCCAACACCGUCCGGACACGCGCCGUGUCGGCCGCGCUCUACAACAUCGCGGUGCAACUGCAGUCCAUAAUCGGCGCAAACAUAUACCGGGAGGACGACCGUCCGCUCUAUCGACGCGGCAACCGAGUCUUGAUCGGCAUCAACUGUAUGAAUAUUGUCCUCUAUCUCCUCAUCAAGCUCUACUAUACUUGGAGAAACAAGAAGAGAGACGAAGUCUGGAAUAGCAUGACUCCAACGGAGAAACUGACAUAUCUGAAUACCACAACGGAGAAAGGGAGCAAGAGACUGGAUUUCAGGUUUGCAUCUUAG